AUGAAGAGACAGCAAACAAUCUAAGGAUAUGAUCUAGACACUCUCGAAGUACUACCAUUAUUAAGCUAUAAAAGUGCUGAAAGUAUGUGGCACCCAAUAGUCAAAGAUGAUUAUCUUUUUACAUAUUAAUCUAGUACUCAUAAGUAUUUAAUUUAUGAGAUAAAAAAUAGAUCAUUCACUCAAAAAAGAAUAACUUCUCCAAUUUUUCCUGAAGAAACUUUAAAGUAUUACGGAAGAAAUUGUAAUUUUUAAAGAAGUCCAUUUGAUAACAACAUUGAAUUUUAUUAAUUGAGCACAAAUGAGCAAGGUAAAUAUCAAGAAAAUACCUGGCUUUAAAAAUGCGAUCCUUUUAGGCAAAAUUAAAUCAAUAUUUCAAAGUAAAACUGUAACGUAGAUUAUCCUCUUAUUAAACUCAAUCACUUACCACAUGCAAAAUUUGUAGAGAUUGAUAAGAAUAAUGGUAUGAGCUAUUUUCACGAAGAAAAUGACAAGAAAAUAGCCUUUAUAUCCUCAUUUUUUACAACAGAUGAAAUUGUAAAAAUCAGAGAGUCUAAACUAAAAAGUAAUGAUUGCUUACUUACUGAGCUGAAUAAUCUGACAACUUAUCUUAAAUUUUAUCCUGGAAUUGGUAAUAUCUUGAAUUAGAUGGCUCUUAGGCCUUUGAUAUUGGAAUAUAUUGGAAAGUAACUCUCUAUCAUGGAAAAGUCAUAAAUUCCACUGAUUAUCCUUAAAAAUGAAAUUAAUGGAAAAUCACCAAUAGAUGUAGCAUGUGAGAAAAACUAGCUAAAAAGUUUAAAUAUUCUGCUUGAGUUAAUGACAAAAUACCAAAAUGAUCAUGGGCUCAACUAUCUUAUUGAUAAUAAAUUAGUUUACCUUAUUUAAAAAGGUCUUGAUUUAACUGAAUAUUUUGAAAGUUACUUACCUAAGAGUAAAUAACUUGAUUAGACCAAACUAGAUCAUUGA